ACCACGGUAAAAACGGCUUAUUUUGAUUAUUCUUAAUUUUUUCUUUCUAUUAAAACAACUUCUCUUGUUACGAACUGAGAAGAUACAGCUCGCAGGAUUAUGAAUUCAUCAACUCUUGAAGGCAUUGGGCGUGAUAAAGACAUAUUUUUGACCGGUUUAACCAAAAGUGUCGCGGAUGAUAUUUCACAGCUCUUGAUGGACGGCAUUCUAAAAUUGCGCGGAGAAACUUGGGAAGAAUUCGUAUGCGUUGAUGAAACAAAAGUGUUUAUUGAUAAUUGUCCUCAAGCAAAAAAAUUCAAACAAUUACAAAGUCACAUUAACAGAACACCACGCCUUGAAGAAUUAGACACGACUUUUCUCGCUUGUCUGAUAGAAAAGUUUGACACUAACCCGCGUAAAAACGAGAGUGUUAAAAGACUGAGAAACCUCAGAAACCUAGUGGCACACGAUGUGGCGGUCUCUAUUUCAGCCGAAGAACAUUCUAAAAAAAUUUCCAUGCUCUUAUGUGAAAUUGAAUUUUUCCAAAAGAAUUACCCCAAUCUAAACUUUGAGAAGAUAAAGAAGGACGUUGAAGAGAAAAAAUACUUCUCAGAAGACCUUCCUACCGGUAAUAUACGUCAUGUUCCCAAAAUAGCCGGAAGAGUUGAAGAACUGAGAGAACUCGAGGAGUGUUUGAAUAAAUCGCAAGUGGUUUUGGUAACAGGCCCAGCAGGAAUAGGCAAGACCUCGUUAGCUGAGAAAUUUGCAGAAGCCCAAACCGCGGAUCCAUCGAUCAUUGGUCUGUUUGUGUCUAUGAAAGAAUUCAAAAACAUCAAAACUGAACAAAGUGUUUUGGAACUGGAAAAUGAAAUAAGCAGUGUUAUCGGAAAGCACUUCGACAAGAUCCGCGAAGCUGUUAGCCAAUCGCCUAAUGACGCAUUUGUAAUUCUUGAAGGCUAUGUCAACAGCUUUCCAAAGUACGCAAAGCUUUUCAUCAUUUUGGAUAAUAUCGAUGGUUUUAACCAGCUGAAGUCUAAAAAAAUUCUGGAGAACUUAAUUACCCGUCUGUGUCCAACCAAGCGAAACAUCAAGUUUAUUUGUACUUCCAGGAAUUGGAUGACAGGCGUGGAUACUUUUUCGAGUACAAUUAUUGCUCUAGACCGGAUCAAGUCCAGAGAUGAUGUUUCGGCAUGGUUCAGCGAGAAUACUAAAAAUAUUGAUGCUAAUAUUUUAGAAGAGGCAGUUCUUGCAUCUGAUCAAAUUCCACUCUUAAUGAACUUGCUCGGGUCGCGACUCAAUGCCAAGAACCGACCGCCUAUCAGAAUGGGCGAGAUAGCGGACAUAAAACUCAGCACAACCUAUGAGGAAAGAAUCGACGAUGUUCUCAGCUGGUCUUUUAAAUCGCUGUCACAAGACUUGCAGCUUUUCAUGCAAAGCGCCAGUGUUUUCCCUAAAACCAUCAACAAGUCUGCCUUGAAGUGGAUAUUUCAACAAUUAGCCAAUACUAAAGAUGCCUCUGCAGUGACAGAUAUUCAGCAAUUGGCUGAUUUGAGUUUGAUUCACUACAACUCUAACAACCAGAAAUACUACAUGCACCCGUACAUUCAAGAAUACACUCAAAAGAAGUGUUCAGAAAGAUUCAAGGAAGCGAAAUAUUUAUAUUUCGUUGUAUAUUAUUCGAAACUAAUGGAAAUUACUCAAGAUCAGUUAACUAAAAAGGGUGGGUUUAACGGAGCGAUCGAAACAAUUCUCGGCGACAUAGAUAACUACCAUGAGCUCUUGAAGGUCGAGAGAAAACAAUUCGUCGGAAGCCGCAAUUUAUCAAAAACAUGAGCGUCAAUUUAACAAAGCUCAGAAUUUAAUCAAAACAAAAUUUUGUUUUUACGUUACUUCAAGCUAAAUUUAUCCUUUUUUACCUUAAAAUGAGAAAUUUUAGGAAAUCAUUUCUUAAAAUCUUUUAAUUUUUCUACCUUUCAUCAAUUUUUAAAGCGAACUAAUCAAUAAAACUUGAAAUGCAGUCGAUCGGAUCAUUCAGGGCGCCGCCUUGAUAAAUUUAUGUUGAUUUUCCGUUUUUUCGACGAAAAUGAGGACUAGAUAUGAUAGGGGUGCUUUUUGUUUAGAACAGUUUUAAAAAGAACGUGGGAUAGAUCUGUGGAACUUUGUGUUUGCUAUAGGAACGCGCUCACCACUAUUUUAACUUGGCCCUACAGUCGAUCCGAAACAAUUCUAUCUAAACUAUUGCAAGCUGGUUGGUCGUAAUAACACGAUUAAAUACUUAUUUUUGAUACUGUCAGCUCAAAAUUCAAACUUUUCGAUAUCACUAAAAAGACAGUCGGAUCAUUCAUGACCUCGCCUCGGAAAAUGAGCAGUCUUAUUGCUUCAACUUUCGAAAAAAAAGAAAUAUUUAUUCUUGGGGUUAACUAAAGGAUUUUUCCACAGCGGAUGAUAAUCCAGUUUAAUAUUGCCGAGAGCUCAAGUUUCUUUGUGAGCAAAAACUAUGGAGGUUUGAAAUGUGCUAUUUGGGCCAAUUUAAGAUAGUCAAUGAGCAAUGUACUACGUUCUGAUAACACGCAUAAGCAGCGAAUGAAACUGCUCCAAAAUAAAUUGAGGCAACUCAUUUCCUACUUGAGGCAAGUCAGGUCCUACUAUUAGGAUAUGAGGAACAAAAUACAUACAGAUUUACAGAAAAAAUCGUGCCGUGAGAUGAAAAAAAUAGGUUUUUUUUUGCUUUGUUUCUCUAUUAAUUUAUCAAAGUUAAAGCAAAAACGUUUUAUGUUGCCUCCAGCGGCAGUAGGAGAUCCAACACCUUGCCUUGACUUUCGAGUCUUUUUGUUUACGUUUAAGUUGUUUGUGUUCGAUGCGAGUAAUUGGUUUAAUAUCAAAGUUCAACUAAAUACUUUUUCCUCAUCACGAGAUGUAUCAGCAUGUAAUAUCAAUAGAUAUAAAGCUAUUUUCGAUCCUCGCGACGAGUUGUUCCUCUGCCUCUGAAGUUUGAACCGAAAACUUUAAUCUAUUACACACAAAAACACUCAGUAAGGCUCGACAACUCGAACCUCCUUGGGGUAUACUGGCUGCUCGCUUCUCUCUGGUUCUUAGGCGCAAUAGCUGA